UUUCAGGAAAAUGGUCUUGUUGUGGUGGAGCAGGAAGCAGAUGAGUCGUCUCAAGUGUCUGGAGAGAGCAGCGGGUCUUCCAUUAGCAUAAAACCAGGGUUGUUAUUAUUUUCUGCCGAAACUAUCAAGCUAGUCGAACGUGCUGUUCCUGGGUCGUCAAGUCUCGAUCAGAAAGUUAGGAAACUUGUUGAGACGAAUAAGAAAAUGCGUAAGGAUUACGAAGAAAUGGAACAGUCCAUAUAUAGCCAGCGAAUGUUUCGAGCUCAUCACCAAGCCAAUAUAGCAGGUCAUGGAGCAGCCGACGAAAUGAACAAAGAAGCUGCUAAGCAGUUAGCUGAAUUCAAGUUCAAGCUUCAAGAAGCUGAGCGAGAGAACACAAAUCAUCAAGGCAAUAUAAUUAGAAUCGAAGGUCAGCUGAAGCGAUUUAAAGCGAAUGCCGAGUCGGCGGAGAAGGAACUCGAUGAGGUGAAAACUCAGAAUAGGCUGCUAAAAAAAGAGGUAGCUUUUGAGUCUCUCAUUAAAUCUGUUUCUUUCAUAUGUGGCCCUUUUUGGUAUGCUAUUUUCGCCUGGGUAUCAUUUCGUGUUAGGAUAAGCAGAAAAGAAAGAAAUCAUAGUAGUUGUCCAUGUUUUGUGUACUGUAUUUCGCGUGAAAUAUCCUUGUCCAUAGAACUUGCGAUUAUUCCCUUUUACUACACAGAGGCUCGCUAA